AUGAUCAUCAUUCCUCCACUACAUUAUUGCAUUGUCGAAUCGCCAGUGAUACGCAAUGAGGAGGGUGAAGUAGAAUUCGACCAGAAUGGUCAAGCGAAAUUGGCCCAUGCCGAUAUCGAUAUUCGUCUGACACGACCUGAUCAAAUCCCGUUUCCUCUCUAUCCAGGAGAAAUUCUUCGCCAACCUGUCACUGCACUUACAGUCGUUCCAGCUAAUUCAGCACUGCGAUUAAAAGCUGUACUCGAUUUUGAAGAUUCACAUAAGGAACAACGACGAGCUGUUGAUGAGUGGAUGUUCGAAGGUCCAGCUACAUACAUUCCUCGUAAAGAAGUCAAUGUCGAACAACAAAUUAAAGCAACUAUUAUUGGUCCUAAUCAAGCUAUUCGACUUUGCGCCGAAAAAGAACUUAUUGAUCGAUCAGGUCAACAUCGUGUCACUGGCGAAGAGUGGUUAGUCAAAAAGACCGGUGCUUAUUUGCCACUAGCCUAUGAAACGAUUGUAUUAGUUCAAGAUGCCUAUGCUUUAACUGAGAAGAAAGCUCUUCAUCUUCGAGCCCUUAAAACUUUCAUUGACGAUUUUGGUAAAAAACGUUUGAGUGGAGAAGAAUGGCUUGUAACGCAUAUUGAUACGGAAACACACAUCCUCAGUAUAUAUGAAGAACUUGUUGCCGUUGUCGAUGCAAUCACACUCAAUUCACGACAGUAUUGUGUUAUUCUCGAUCCCGUUAUCGAUAGUAAACCACAACUUGGAAGAAAGAAAAUGAUCUUUGGUGAAAUAUCAUUCUUUCUCCAACCGGGCGAAAAACUCUUGACAGGCAUUCAAAAUAUUUUUAUUUUGGAUGAAGACGAAGGUGUUAUUGUCAAAUGUAAUGAAACAUUCGAAGAUGAACAAGCAAAGAAAAUACGUACUCCGGGUGAUCUAUGGAUGAUUCGAGGACCAACUGAAUAUAUUCCACCUACUCAAGUAGAAGUUGUCACUCGACGAAAGGCAAUUCCAUUAGAUGAAAAUGAAGGCAUCUAUAUUCGUAAUAUCAAAAGUGGUCGUGUUCGAGCAGUCAUCGGUGAAACUUACAUGUUAACACAAGAUGAAGAACUUUGGAAUAAAGAAUUAUCCGAACAAAUCGAAUAUUUGCUUACGCGUGAUCCAUUAACCGAACGCUAUUCUCUUAUGCGUGAAUCGGCUUCAGCCAAAAAUGCAUCGACAGCUACUGCCUUUAAUAGUCAAUCAAACAGUUCGAAAUCAAUUACUACUAAACGUGACAAAUGGAAAUUGAUCACAUAUCGUGUUCCACAUAAUGCAGCCGUUCAAAUCUAUGAUUACAAACUAAAGAAAGCUCGCAUUGUCUUCGGUCCAGAACUUGUCAUGCUUGAACCUGAUGAACAUUUUACUCUGAUUUCUCUAAGUGGUGGCAUACCCAAAUGUCCUAAUCAAGUUAACUCCCUUUGUUUACUACUCGGUCCAAAUUUCUUUACUGAUAUCAUCGUCAUUGAGACGGCCGAUCAUGCUCGUCUUUCCCUUCAACUUGCUUAUAACUGGCACUUUGAAGUGAAAGACAUAAAUGAUAAGAUAGAAGCGGCUAAACUCUUUUCAGUGCCUGAUUUUGUCGGGGAUACAUGCAAAGCUAUUGCUUCACGUAUUCGUGGUGCUGUAGCUGGUACUCAAUUUGAUGAUUUCCAUAGGAACUCCGCUCACAUCAUUCGUGAAUCUGUAUUCGGUCUUGAUGCAAAUCAGUGUGUACGUGAUCAAAUUGUCUUUCCACAAAAUAAUCUUGUCAUUACAUCGAUCGACAUUCAAAGUGUUGAACCUGUCGAUCAACGUACGCGUGAUGCGCUACACAAGAGUGUGCAACUGGCCAUUGAGAUAACGACGAAUUCACAAGAAGCUGCUGCUAAACAUGAAGCUUCACGUCGCGAACAAGAAGCUAGAGCGCGUCGUAAAGCUGAAGCAACCAAAAUCGAAGCUGAAGCUGAAUUGGCCCGUUUAAAAUUAGUACGUGAAGCUGAAAUCAAGUUUUUACGCGAACAAAACGAACUAGAAAUUAAGAAAAAAGCCGAGUUGUCUCGAAUUGAAACUGAAAAAUUCAAAUUACAAGUCGAAUCAAUCGGUACUUCGACUAUUCAAAGUAUUGCUACAUCAGGUCCCGAAACUCAAGUCAAACUUUUGCAAGCACUCGGAAUACAAUCGAUGCUCGUCACCGAUGGCAAAAAUCCGAUCAAUCUCAUGGACUUUGGACAAGGUCUACUCGGGAGUUUAACAGCUCGUCAUGUAAUCAACUAA